UGUUCAUAUGUGAAGAAAAAUGAAGUUUGUUGUAACAUCUCUUGGAGUUAACAUCAUGAUGGCUAAGUUUGUAGUGUUAGUGAUGAGCAUUAUUGCUAUAAUUGUAACGUUGCAAUCCUCUACUGUAGCGCAGUCAACAGAAGAUAUCAGCCGGAAGAGUUUUCCUCAAGGAUUUGUCUUUGGUACGGCCUCCUCGGCAUUCCAGUAUGAAGGAGCAGUGAAAGAGGAUGGCAGAGGACCGAGUAUUUGGGAUGGUUUUUCUCAUCAAUUUGGAAAGGUGAUUGAUUUCAGCAACGCGGAUGUUGCGGUCGACCAGUAUCAUCGUUAUAAUGAGGAUGUUCAACUUAUGGCGGACAUGGGGUUAGACGCGUAUAGAUUUUCUAUAUCAUGGUCUCGCAUAUAUCCCAAUGGCAGUGGAGAAAUAAAUGAAGCGGGAGUGGAGCAUUACAAUAAAUUUAUAGAUGCACUCUUAGAGAAAGGAAUUGAGCCAUACGUGACAUUAUAUCACUGGGAUCUUCCUCAAGCACUUGAAGACGCCUACAACGGCUGGCUGAACACCAAAAUUAUAACAGAUUAUGCGCAGUUUGCGGAAACUUGCUUUGAGAGAUUCGGAGACAGGGUGAAGAACUGGCUUACAUUUAACGAGCCUCAUACCUUCGCAAUCCAGGGCUAUGACGUGGGUCUGCAUGCACCAGGAAGAUGUUCUAUUCUCUUUCAUGUCUUAUGCGGAGCUGGUAAUUCAAGAACCGAGCCCUACAUUGUUGCUCAUCAUGUUCUUCUUUCUCAUGCCACAGCUGUGGACAUAUACAGGAAGAAAUAUAAGGCAGAGCAAGGCGGAAGAAUUGGCAUUGCUUUCGACGUAAUGUGGUACGAGCCCAUGUCGAAUUCUUCAGAGGACGUAGCCGCUACCCAAAGAGCCCAGGACUUCCAGUUUGGAUGGUUUAUGGAUCCGAUAUUUUUUGGUGAGUACCCAAGGUCAAUGAGAGAGAGAGUGGGCGAUAGGUUGCCAAGCUUCUCUAUUGAAGAAUCGAAUCUUGUAAGAUGGUCUUUGGAUUUCGUGGGUAUCAACCAUUAUACAACUUAUUAUGCUGCUAACGACGAAAAACAUAUCAUCGGAUUUGUUUUAAACGAUGCCCUGGCAGAUUCCGGAGCUAUCACCCUCCCCUUCAGAAAAGGUACAGCCAUCGGUAGCAAGGCAGCAUCCAUAUGGCUAUACAUUGUACCAUGGGGAAUAAGGAGCUUGAUGAAUUAUAUCAAAGAACGUUAUGGCAAUCCUCCUGUCAUCAUUACUGAAAACGGAAUGGACGACUCAAACAGUAUUUUUAUACCUUUGAAAAAAGCCUUGAAGGAUGAACAACGGAUACGGUACCAUGCAGACUAUCUUUCAAGUCUUUCUGCUGCAAUCAAAGAGGAUGGUUGUGAUGUGCGUGGAUACUUCGCGUGGUCACUGCUAGACAAUUGGGAAUGGGCAGGAGGCUAUACUUCAAGAUUCGGUCUCUACUUUAUAGAUUACAAUGAUAAUCUAAAGAGAUAUCCCAAGGAUUCUGUCAAAUGGUUUAAAAAAUUUCUAUCAUAGAGCAUCUUCUCCAUUCUUGUAUAUAUGACGGAACAGAAUGGGAAGACAUAACAGUGCUAACAAUUAUAUUCGAAAGAGAAGGUUAUACCUCUACAAACUAUUACAACAGUCAUUAUUGUAUUGAACACGAUUGCUUGGCUUUUAAGGUUUAGCUCUAACUACCAUCAGAUCAUUCAAUUCUAACUAUUAACUGAUCGUUGCUGGCUUGGUCAAUUUGCAUUUAGUAUUUUACUUCUCCCAAUUUAAUUUGGAUGGACUGUAUCAUGAUGUUUACUUCAAUCGAAUGUACAAAAAAUGUUAAA